AUGGCUGAGGGCUCAGUGUCUCUGGCAGACGUGGAAGCUUCCUUCCAGAAGUUUGCAGUCCAUGGUGACACCAAGGCCACAGGGAAGGAGAUGAAUGGCAAGAACUUUGUUAAACUCUGCAAAGACUGCCACAUCAUUGACGGCAAGAAUGUCACCACCACAGAUGUUGACAUUGUCUUCAGCAAAGUCAAGGCAAAGUCAGCUCGUGUAGUCACAUUUGACCAGUUCAACCAGGCACUGAUGGAGUUAGCUCCCAAACGUUUUAAAGGCAAGAGCAAAGAAGAGGCGGUACAGCAGCUUUAUGGUCUAAUUGCUGAGAAGGAGCCUGCCAACGUCGGAGUCACUAAAGCAACAAAGGCAGCUGCAGUGGACAGACUGACCGAUACCGCCAAGUACACUGGAUCGCACAAGGAGCGGUUCGAUGAGACAGGCAAAGGAAAAGGAAAGGCGGGGCGUGAGAACAUCCCAGAUGCCAGUGGCUAUGUGGCUGCUUACAAGGGCAAAGGCACUUACGAGGACAAAGUGAAAGAAGCAUAA